UCUAACAAACUACCAACCAAGUGGGUAUCUUCACACUACCAAUUCUCGAUUCCCAGUCUCUCCACCGUCCGAUACCCAUACUUCACACCAUCAAUCAAGAAUGCUGUAUAAAAAGAAAAUCAAACGGUCCUCAUUAAACACACUGCCCAACCCCACCUUCUAAGCCCACGCGUCUUGACAUCGCGUGGCACCCAUCCCCUCUUUCUUAGAACCAUUCAAACGCCACCUUAUAUAAACCCCUCCAAUCCAUUCCCCUCCCAAAACCCUCGCCACCCUCGCCACCCUCGCCUCUUGCUCUAGAACCUUCACUCUCUCUCUAUCUCCCUCUAGAAAUGGCGGGUUCCGGCGUGGUGGCUGUGUACGGAAAUGGAGCAAUCACCGAGAGCAAGCAAUCGCCGUUCUCCGUCAAAGUGGGCCUGGCCCAAAUGCUCCGCGGCGGCGUCAUAAUGGACGUCGUCAACGCCGAGCAGGCUCGAAUUGCAGAGGAGGCAGGCGCGUGCGCCGUCAUGGCCCUGGAGCGGGUGCCCGCAGAUAUCCGAGCCCAGGGUGGGGUGGCCCGAAUGUCCGACCCGCAACUCAUUAAAGAAAUCAAGCAGGCCGUGACCAUACCCGUCAUGGCCAAGGCCCGAAUCGGCCACUUCGUCGAGGCCCAAAUCCUGGAAGCCAUCGGCGUCGAUUACGUCGACGAGAGCGAGGUCCUGACCCUCGCCGAUGAAGAGCACCACAUCAACAAGCACAAUUUCCGGGUGCCGUUCGUCUGCGGGUGCCGGAAUCUCGGCGAGGCGCUCCGCCGAGUCCGAGAAGGAGCGGCUAUGAUCCGGACCAAGGGUGAGGCCGGCACGGGGAACAUCAUCGAAGCGGUGAGGCACGUGCGGUCCGUGAUGGGGGACAUUAGGGUUUUGCGGAACAUGGAUGACGACGAGGUGUUCACUUUCGCGAAGAAGAUCGCGGCGCCGUACGAUCUGGUGAUGCAGACGAAGCAGCUGGGGAGGCUGCCUGUAGUGCACUUCGCGGCGGGAGGGGUGGCGACGCCGGCGGAUGCGGCGCUGAUGAUGCAGCUGGGUUGCGACGGGGUGUUUGUCGGGUCCGGCGUGUUCAAGAGCGGUGACCCGGUGAAGCGUGGGAGGGCGAUUGUGCAGGCUGUGACCCAUUACAGGGACCCGGAUGUGCUGGCUGAGGUGAGUUGCGGGUUGGGCGAGGCCAUGGUUGGGUUGAAUUUGAAGGACGAGAAGGUGGAGAGGUUUGCUAAUCGGUCUGAGUGAUGAAACAAUCUUUGUUGUUUGGGAGGAGAAGGAAGGCGGUGUUUGGGUGGGUGGGUUUUAGUUUUUUUACGUGUAAAAAAUUAAUUUAAAGAUUAUGUUUUUGGGUCGUUGUUUGUUUGUUUGUUGGGUUUAGUAUUGCUCAAUUUAAUAAGGAAUGAAGUUUAUGUUUC